AUGGCACCGAAUCUGGUCGCUGCAAUUGACCUGGCCACUUACACGAAACCGACCCAAGGCCUUGAUGUUCAAGCAUUGUCCUUUGUCGGCAAUGUCUUCGUACGAGUCGCGGACGAGACCAUCGACCAGGCCCUCGCCCACCUGAAGCAAUCUGUAGGCCGGCUUGCCAACUACCUGGACGUUGCUUCCGUCACAUCCAUUGACGACAUCGUCUCCCUCCUCGACGCCGGCGCCGCCAAGGUCUUCGUUACUCGCCAGCAAUUGGACGAGCUCAAGAACUUGAACAUCGACCAGGACAGGAUAGUCCUGUGCCUGCCAGGAAACACAAAGGAAGAGAUUAUCGAAGCCAUCUCAGGUACACAGGUGGACAUUUACGCCCACCAGGUCGACGACGUCGGCUACUUGGAAGCAUGGCUGAAAGAUUACGGAGCAGACCGACCCAAUGUCUUCGUCUCAUUCAAGAACCCAGACAUUGAGGGCGCCCUACGCCUCUCAAAACUGAACGCGAUACCCAUCAUCUCUGCCGAAAACCUCACAGUUGACCCCUCGAAGCAGACGAGUGCACUGAGCGUCGCGAAGCUCUUCAUGGCCAACGCAACGAGCGACCGAUCCGACGGCCUUUUCACAACUCUCGUCACCGAUGAGCGAGGAAUCGCUCUCGGACUUGUAUACAGCAGCGAAGAGAGCGUCGCAGAAAGCCUGAGGACCGGUCGCGGUGUAUACCAGAGCCGAAAGCGAGGGCUAUGGUACAAGGGCGAAAGCAGCGGGGAUAUCCAAGAGUUGGUGUCAUUAGCGCUCGACUGCGACAGCGACUGCUUGCAGUUUGUAGUCCGUCAAAAGGGCAGAGGAUUCUGCCACCUUGCAACUCCCACCUGCUUCGGCGAGUACACCGGCUUGUCAAAACUUCAGAAGACACUCCAAAGCCGAAAAGCUUCAGCACCUGAAGGCUCAUAUACUGCGCGCCUUUUCAAUGACUCACAACUCUUGAGAGCCAAGAUACUGGAAGAAGCCACUGAGCUCUGCGACGCGAACAAUAAAGAAGAAGUCGCGUUCGAGGCUGCCGAUCUUUUCUACUUUGCGCUGACCAAGUGCGUUGCAUCUGGUGUAACAUUGGAGGAUGUUGAGCGCAACCUUGACGCUAAGAGCAUCAAGGUCAAGAGGCGACAAGGUGACGCAAAGCCAGCCUUUGCCGCGCAAGCAGCAGCAGCGACCAACGGUGCAACGAACGGUACGACGAACGGACCGACUAAAGAGGAGGUCAAGGAAGCUGCUUCGGUACCCAAGAGCAAGGAUGAUCCCGCCGGUAUGAAGGAUGGUCGCAUUGCCAUGAAGCGCUACGUGACCGCAAACGAGACGUCCGAGACUGUCAACGCUGCGCUACAACGACCAUCUCAACGCUCGACCCAAAAGAUUCUAGAUAUAUGUCUGCCGAUCAUCGAGGCAGUCAAGACUCGAGGAGAUGCCGCAUUGCUAGAGUACACACACAAGUUCGAAAAAGCUACAUCACUGACAUCGCCUGUACUGAGAGCACCAUUCCCUCCAGAACUUAUGCAAAUAGCGCCUGAGACAGCCAAAGCUAUCGACGUGUCUUUUGAGAACAUUAGAAAAUUCCACGCUGCGCAGAAAGAGGACAAGCCGUUAAGAGUAGAGACUAUGCCCGGCAUCGUAUGCUCACGAUUUGCUCGACCAAUCGAAAGGGUCGGUCUGUAUGUGCCUGGAGGAACCGCUGUGCUUCCGUCUACCGCGCUCAUGCUUGGUGUGCCUGCCAUGGUUGCUGGCUGCAAGAAGAUCGUUCUUGCAACACCACCGCGGGCCAAUGGUCAAGUGACUCCGGAGGUUGUCUACUGCGCCCACAAGGUCGGUGCAGAGUCUAUUGUCCUUGCUGGUGGCGCACAAGCUGUCGCAGCCAUGGCCUACGGUACCGAAAGCGUUACCAAAGUUGACAAGAUUCUCGGUCCCGGAAAUCAGUUUGUCACGGCAGCGAAGAUGCAUGUUUCCAACGACACAAACGCUGGUGUAAGCAUUGAUAUGCCUGCGGGGCCGAGCGAAGUACUCGUCAUCGCGGAUGCAAAUGCCAACCCUGCCUUUGUCGCAUCUGACCUUCUCAGUCAAGCAGAGCAUGGUGUUGAUUCUCAGGUCAUUUUGAUUGCAGUCGGGAUGAACGAGGCGCAGCUUGACGCAGUCGAAGAUGAGCUCCAUAAGCAAGCCACUGCUCUGCCACGAGUAGAUAUUGUUCGUGGCGCAAUCGAACACUCUUUCACGCUUGCAGUGAACACGAUGGAGGAGGCUAUGCAGCUAAGCAACCAGUAUGCGCCCGAGCAUCUUAUCUUGCAAGUCGACGAGGCAGAAAAGGUAGCCGAGAUGGUGGAGAACGCUGGAAGUGUCUUCAUCGGUGAAUGGACCCCUGAAAGUGUUGGCGAUUACUCUGCUGGUGUCAACCACUCUCUGCCAACGUAUGGAUACGCCAAGCAAUAUUCGGGCGUCAAUCUGGCGUCUUAUGUCAAGCACAUUACUAGCUCUCAUCUUACUAGGCAAGGACUUGAAAAUGUUGGACCCGCUGUAAUGGAACUUGCGCGCGUUGAAGAAUUGGAGGCUCAUCGAAGGGCUGUCAGUCUACGAUUGGGCGUAGCGUAA